AUGUUUGACGAAUUUGUCGAACAUGCUACAGGGCCGUCCAAUCAUCUCUCCCAUGCUGCACACAACCUUCCAAGGCUAGAUUACCAAGGGUUCGAGCCCUCUCCAUACGAUGACACGGACGAACGUGAAGACAGCCUUGUUAGCCCUAUUGAUGGCGGCCAAUAUCCAAACGUUCCUGUAUCGUCUGGUCCGAUAUUUGAGCUCGGCAGAGUGCAGUACUCUCCACCGGCACCUUUGGUCUCUCUUGCCGUUUCCUCUGAUCUUCUCGUGAUGGGUCUCUCCAACAACCUCGUCAUUAUUAUUGAGCUGUCCCGACCCGAACAAGUUGUGAAGAUUCCAAUUCAGCGUAAACCGAACGAAAUGACGCUGUACAAAGUAUUCCUCGAUCCGUCAGGCAGGCAUCUUAUCGUCACUUCGGCACAAGGGGAGAAUUGGUACCUGUUUCGGGGUUGGAAGAAAUUUAAGCAGCUCAAGAACUUCAAGAUGGUCAUCGAGAGCAUUGCUUGGAACAAGGCUGGUUUACUUUCUGCGUCCAACGCAACCUCGUCACGGGAAUUCCUGAUAGGAGCAAGAAAUGGAACGGUGCAUGAAGCGCUCUUGGAUGCUGAAGAGGAUUUCUUCAAAUCACAGGAACGUUAUGUGUCGCCCGUAUUCUCAUUACCAGAACGACCACCAAUUACUGGUAUUCAAUUCCAACUCUUACCUCCCUUGGAACCAAAAUACGCCACUGUGGUGAUAACGACACCAUCACGGAUAUAUCAGCUUGCAGGAAGUUUGGACAGGCGAUCGGAAGACAGUAACAGGCUUUUUGCUCCGCUGUUUGCCAAGUAUCGCGAUACCGCACCAAAAAUCCUUGAACUUCCUGGAGAGACGCAGAACUCCGAACUGCAUUUCUUUACUCCUAACUCGGACCAAGCGCAGUCAUUACCUAAGACCAUGGCUUGGAUGACAGCCCAAGGUAUUUAUCACGGGUCGAUGAAUCUCUCCGCUAAUUCCGAUGACUUCGUCGAUUCUGCACAACUUCUCCCGUUCCCGGACCUCAGCUCGCCAUCGCAGAGUCCAAAGAAUAGCUCGUCCUCUGUCCUGCAACCACUAGCUAUGAGUCUUACGGAGUUCCACUUCGUUCUGCUGUACAAGGACCGCGUAGUCGGUGUCUGUACCCUGAAUGAUGCGUUAGCAUAUGAGGAAACAAUCCCUCUGAAACCUAACGAGGAAGUGCGGGGUAUCACUGCAGACCCUGUUCGGAAAACGUAUUGGGUAUACACAGACUCGUCGUUGUUUGAACUAAACAUUGCAAACGAGGCUCGCGAUAUCUGGCGGGUAUAUCUUGAGAAGGGCCAAUUCGACAUCGCGCUCCGAUACUCGAAGAUGGCUACUCAACGGGAUCAAGUCCUUAUUGCUCAGGCGGAACGCUUCUUUAAGGAUGGUCGCUACAUACAAUCUGCUCAAUGCUACGCUCAGAGCUCGGCUAGCUUCGAAGAAGUAACAUUGAGUCUCAUUGAUGCAGGGGAACGAGAGGCGUUACGCUACUAUCUGAUAUCGAGACUGGAGCGGACAAGAAAAAAUGACCUUACACAACGAAUGAUGCUUGCGACAUGGCUAAUUGAGCUUUACCUAUCCAGAUGCAAUGAGCUCGAGGACGUGGCCGCUUCGGAAUCUGUGUCGCACGAUGUAGAAGAUCUCAGGACUGCUCUCACCCUUGUCGAAGAGGAAAUGCGCCACUUUCUUGAAACAUACAAAUCUGACCUGGACACUAACACAGUAUACGACCUCAUUCAAAGUCACGGACGAACUGACAUAUACCUUCACUAUGCGACGCUUGUCGGUGAUCUGGAACGUGUUGCUGAGCACUGGGUCCUUGAAGAGCAGUGGGCAAAGGCGAUUGACGUGAUCAGUCGCCAGUCCAAUCUCGAGUUAUACUACCGUUUUGCCCCUGUUCUCAUGCGGCAAGUGCCCCGUGAGACAGUUGAAUCUUGGCUUCGCCAACCAGCACUUGAUCCUCUCCGACUCGUACCAGCGUUGCUGCGAACACAAUCACUGUCUUCAGACGCUCCGCGCGAUCCACUUCAGCCGAACCAUGCUGUCCGAUAUUUAAAUCACGUCGUGUUCUCACAAGGCAACACAGCAUCGACAAUUCACAACCUCCUGAUCACGCUGCACGUAUCAUGUCCACCGUCAGGGAACGAUGAUGAAGUCCUACUCUUACGAUUUCUUUCUACCGCACCGGUCGAUCCGAUUACCGACAAGCCGUACUACGAUCUCGAUUAUGCAUUGCGCCUGUGUCUUCGGGCAGGUAAAACGCGAUCAUGCGUACACAUUUAUUCAAAGAUGGGUCUUUACGAGAACAGUGUAGAUCUUGCACUCGAAAAGGGAGAUCUAGAGCUGGCAAAGAUCAAUGCUGAGAUGCCGGAAGAUGAUCAGCAGCUGAGGAAGAAAUUGUGGCUGAAGAUCGCUAAGUACGUUGUCCAAGAUAAGAAGGACAUCAAGAGCGCGAUGGCAUUCCUUGACAGCACCGACCUACUGAAGAUCGAAGACAUCCUUCCGUUCUUCCCUGAUUUCGUUGUUAUUGAUGAUUUCAAAGAGGAAAUAUGUACCGCUCUAGAAGGUUAUUCUGCACAUAUCGACGCUCUUAAGGCGGAAAUGGAUGAAACGACUAAGAAUGCGGAAGCGAUUAAGGCAGACAUAACUGCUUUACGGAACCGCUUCGUCGUUAUUGACGCUGCAGACCGAUGCACGGAAUGCCAAUUCUCAUUACUGGCACGUCAGUUCUAUGUGUUUCCAUGCCAGCAUACAUUCCAUGUCGACUGUCUCAUCAGCCUGGCCAAAGAAUAUCUUCCCGCAGCAUCUCUACGCCGAAUGAUUGCAUUGCAGAACGAACUGUUGAAGACUGCCCAGCAGCUUCCAACAGAUCGAGCUUCUAUUACAUCUCCAGUCCCAGGACUACCGACCAACCCAACAACCCGUAUCUCCGCUCAACGGACACUCUUAUCUGCCAGCUUCGCUGCACCUGUACAGAACGGUGCCAGGGCCGCCAACUCAUUGGGCCGGAAUAUACUUUCGGCGGGAGAUAAGCUGCGGGAUCUUAUUGUCCCAGAAUCAUUGGCGAGUGUGAUCACCGCGGGAAUGUGGUCAACAGGAUUGGACAGAAUAGGAUUGGACCGCAUAUGGAGCGCAGGAGAGAAGGGAGAAAAGAACGACAUAGCACGGAAGGCUGAGAAGGCACGAGAGGAAUUGGACGAGCUUUUGGCCGGUUCGUGCCCGCUGUGCGAGGGAGUUGUUGCUGGCCUGGACAAGCCAUUCAUUAAGGAGGGCGAAGACGAUGAUUCAUGGCAGAUUUGA